UUAUAAUGGUAUACUAUAGCGCUCUCUACGUUCGCUCUUUUCUCUCAGCGAUUCACCGCAAUGAGCAUGCUCAGACUGCAGAAGCGCUUGGCGUCCAGUGUCUUGCGCUGUGGCAAGAAGAAGGUCUGGCUGGAUCCCAAUGAAACCAAUGAGAUUGCGAAUGCCAAUUCCCGCCAGCAAAUUCGUAAGUUGGUAAAGGAUGGUCUGAUCAUAAAGAAGCCUGUAACUGUUCACUCUCGUGCCCGAUGCCGCAAGAACACGCUGGCACGUCGUAAAGGCCGGCACAUGGGUAUCGGUAAGAGGAAGGGUACAGCUAAUGCCCGUAUGCCAGAGAAGCUUUGCUGGAUGCGUCGCAUGAGAAUUCUACGGCGUCUCUUGCGUCGUUACAGGGAGUCUAAGAAGAUUGACAGGCACAUGUACCACAGCCUGUACCUCAGAGCUAAGGGAAAUGUGUUCAAGAACAAGCGCAUCCUCAUGGAGCACAUCCACAAACUGAAGGCUGAUAAGGCUCGCAAGAAACUUCUGUCUGACCAGGCAGAGGCCCGUCGCUCUAGGACAAGGGAGGCCCGUAAGCGCCGUGAAGAGCGCCUGCAGGCCAAGAAAGAGGAGAUCAUUAAGACUUUGUCAAAAGAGGAAGAGACCAAAAAAUGAGCAUUCAUCUUAUGCCCAAACCCUGUUUCAGUUGUAAUAAACAGAGAUAUAAAACUUAAA